CUCACACUUGCUAUAUCUGUCUAUUUACAUUUCUUUGAUCUGGGGUCAUAUAAUUUUGCCAUUUUACUGUCAUUAUUCGUGUAGGCAGAAAAGCAAGUGCUAGUAGUGGAUGAUGAUGAUGGAGAAGGGAACGAUAGCGGAGAGUCCAAAUUCAUAUCCACCUCCUCUAGCAGCAUAUCAAGAGGUUGCCAGCUCCCGUGAACUGUUCUUGGAUACUUUGAAGAAACUUCAUGUUGCCAUGGGAACCAAAUUCAUGAUCCCCAUUGUGGGGGGCAAGGACUUAGAUUUGCAUCGCCUCUUUGUGGAAGUUACUUCUCGUGGUGGUAUUACAAAGGUUGUCAGGGAGAGAAAAUGGAAAGAUGUUACUGCUGUUUUCAGCUUUCCUUCUUCGGCAACAAAUGCUUCUUUUAUACUUCGCAAAUACUAUAGUUCAUUGCUUUACCACUACGAACAAAUUUAUUUAUUUAAAGCCAAGUGUUGGACUCCUUGGACUCCUUUGUCUACUGAUGCUUUGCAAAAUGUGUCUAAAAGUACUGCUCCGCCUCGUGGAUUGGCUGAAGGCGUCCUACAACCACAAAACAAACAAGCUUCACCUCUACAGAUUAUAAACACUGAGACGUCUUUCUCUACUGAUGCUUUGCCAAUUACUGCUACACCUCAUGGAUUGGCUGAGCGCAUCGUCCCUCCACAAAAACAAGAAGCUUCACCUCAACAGAUUAUAAAUUCUUCGACGUCUUUGCCUGAAGCAACUUUAGCACCAUCGCCAUUUAUCCCAGUGUCUGGAGUGAUUGAUGGAAAGUUUGAAGGUGGAUAUCUCGUGACUGUCAAAAUCGGCGCAGAGAACUUGAAAGGCGUUCUUUAUCAGGUUCCACAAUCUGAAGCACAAGGAGUAUCUCAACAUCAUAAUGUGCCCACCAAUUAUAUGGAAAGUUCGUCGUCACAACCAGUGGUGCGGCGUCGCAACAGGAGGAAGAAAGCUGAAAUUAGAAGACGGGAUCCUGAACAUCCAAAGCCAAAUAUAAGUGGGUACAACUUUUUCUUUGCCGAACAGCAACCCAGGCUGAAACCUCUUUAUUCAGGAAGGGAAAAAGAAAUCAGUAAGGUGAUUGGUGAACUCUGGAACAAUCUACAAGAACCUGAAAAAUCUGUUUAUCAGGAGAAAGCACUCAGGGAUAAAGAAAGAUACAGACAAGAAUUGGAGAACUACAAUAAAAGAAAGAGGACUGGAAAAUCCAUCAACAAUACGGCGCCAAUACAGGAGUUUCCUCCAAUGCCGGAUGCUUGCUUGAUAGGUCUUGACAAGAAUAUUCAAAUUGAAGGUGAAUACUCUGCUCAAAUGGCAGAGAAUGAAACAAGUUUCGAUAAAAGCAAUUUGGGGGCAUCUCAAGAGGUGAACGAGGGCUUGGAAAUGGCGGCACCUCUCCGAGCUGAAGUGGAGAAUAGAAAUGUGAACUUGGAGAUUUCAAAGAAUGAAGACGCAUCUGGGCUGCAGACGGGACAAGAGGCGGUUGGAUGCGAGGACAACAGUCCAGGACAUGGACAAAUCAUCAGCAAUGCAGUUCCAAUACAGCAGUUUCUUCCAAUAGCAGAUGCCGGCUUGAUAGAUCUCGACAUGACUGUUCAAACUGAAGGUAAUACCUCUGCUUAUGAAAAGAGUUCCACCAAUAGCAAUUUGGAAGGGUAUGAAAAGACAGAUGAGGCCUCGGCAAUGGGGGCAUCGUUCCAAGCCGAGUUGGAGCUGGAAAAUGAAAAUGUUGAAAUUUCACAGAAUGGAGAAACAACUGCGGUGCAAGUGGGACCAGGCACAGUUGGAUGUGAGGCCAACAAUCCAGGACUUGGAAGAAUGGAGGAAAAAGAUGAUGUGUCAAUCCCCGCGGAAGUGGGAGAAAUUGACCCCAUUAACACCAGUGAAUCUGUUGCCAUCAGCAAGGGCCAUAAAAGCCCUUGAUGGCGUGUUUAGCAAGAUAGAUUGGAUGGAAGGAACACAGGUAAAAUUUUGACAAAUAUAUUAUAGUCACAUUUUAGUACUGAAUAGCA